GUCAUUUCAAGCAGGAUCUCUGUCUCCCUCAGUCUCUGGUCCGUGAUCUCUGUCUCCCUCAGUCUCUGGUCCGUGAUCUCUUUAGUUUACACGGACACAGACACGCCCGCACACAUAUACAAACACUUAAUAUAUUUUGACGUAUAUAUACUGAGUUUGCGUGGUGGUGUCUGAUCGAGAUUUUAUUAAACAUGGCUGUUGUUGUAACUAAUGCAAAUGCUCCGGCUUUCGAAGCCAAGAUGACUGUCUAUGUCUUCAUCUGUGUUAUGAUUGCCGCUGUUGGCGGUUUGAUCUUCGGAUACGACAUCGGAAUUUCCGGGGGAGUGACGGCGAUGGACGAUUUCUUGAAGGAAUUUUUUCCGGCGGUGUGGGAGAGGAAGAGGCACGUACACGAGAACAACUACUGCAAAUACGAUAACCAGUUCUUGCAACUGUUCACAUCGUCUCUUUACCUAGCCGCACUUGUGGCCAGCUUCGUUGCUUCCGCCAUCUGUUCCAAACUCGGAAGGAAGCCCACGAUGCAGUUUGCUUCUAUCUUUUUCUUGAUUGGUGUCGGCCUCACUGCAGGAGCCGUUAACCUCGUCAUGUUGAUCAUUGGAAGACUCUUCCUUGGCUUUGGGGUUGGAUUUGGCAAUCAGGCAGUGCCGCUUUUCUUGUCUGAGAUUGCUCCAGCACAGCUCCGAGGAGGUCUCAACAUUGUAUUCCAACUCAUGGUCACAAUCGGAAUCCUAAUUGCCAACAUUGUCAACUACUUCACAGCCACGGUUCACCCUCACGGAUGGCGCAUUGCUCUCGGUGGAGCCGGGAUUCCAGCUGUUAUUCUCCUCUUCGGUUCGCUGCUUAUCAUUGAGACGCCCACAAGCCUCAUCGAGCGCAACAAGAACGAAGAAGGAAAAGAAGCCCUAAGGAAGAUCAGAGGAGUUGAUGAUAUCAAUGACGAGUAUGAGUCUAUCGUCCAUGCCUGCGACAUCGCGAGGCAAGUCAAAGACCCUUACAGGAAACUGUUGAAGCCGGCUAGUCGCCCACCGUUGGUUAUCGGAAUGCUUCUCCAGUUCUUCCAACAGUUUACUGGAAUCAAUGCUAUUAUGUUCUAUGCACCGGUUUUAUUCCAAACUGUUGGGUUCGGUAGCAACGCAGCGCUUCUCUCUGCCGUUGUCACGGGAUCGAUCAAUGUUCUUAGCACGUUCGUUGGGAUUUACCUCGUUGAUAGAACUGGCCGGAGAUUCCUUCUUCUCCAAUCUUCCGUUCACAUGCUCAUCUGCCAUUUGAUCAUUGGAAGCAUCCUAGCAAAGGACUUGGGUGUAACGGGAACACUCGGGAAGGCACAAGCACUAGUAGUGGUGAUAUUUGUGUGCGUUUACGUGAUGGGAUUUGCGUGGUCAUGGGGACCUUUAGGAUGGCUAAUCCCAAGCGAGACGUUUCCUCUAGAGACUCGAAGCGCAGGAUUCGCUGUUGCAGUCUCGUGCAACAUGUUCUUCACGUUCUUAAUUGCUCAAGCCUUCUUAUCAAUGCUUUGCGGGAUGAGAUAUGGAAUAUUCUUCUUCUUCGCCGGCUGGAUCAUAGUGAUGGGACUGUUUGCGUUGUUCUUCAUACCAGAGACAAAAGGAAUAGCCAUUGAUGACAUGAGAGAGAGUGUCUGGAAGCCACAUUGGUUCUGGAAAAGGUAUAUGCUUGCGGAGGAUGAUCAUCCUGACGUCGAGAAGAGAUCUGCUUGAAGUGCAUCAUUCUCUGUUGAUGUGUCUUUUGUUUUCCCCUUACCUCUUCACUUUUUUUUUUCUUUCUUUUGUUGGGUUGCUAUUCUUUAAUUCUUUUGUUUCGUUGGUACGAUUAGUGUAGUAAUAAGGACCAACUUGUUGAUUCA